CAACACGACAGCAGACUUCCUCCUAUCCACAGUCACUCCUUGCGCACGGCUAGGCUGGGGCCAGCCAAGUAAUGUAUCUUGCGACCAUGCCACAACGUCGGCGUGUAUGAGGCUGCUUGAAGCAUGAGUCCACAGGCAUAAGUCUUUACUCCCGUUCUGUACCAGCCCUCCAAUGGCGACCGUCAGGAUAUGCGUCUGCGGCGACGAGGGCUGUGGUAAGUCGAGUCUUAUCACGUCCUUGGUCAAAGAUACCUUCAUCAGCAACAGAAUUCAAGCCGUCCUCCCUCAAAUCACCAUCCCUCCCACCCUGGGCACUCCCGAAAAUGUCACCACCACCAUCGUCGACACUUCUGCUCUCCCACAAGAUCGUGCCAACCUUGCCCGCGAAUUGCGCAGGUCCAAUGUCAUUCUGCUGGUCUACUCAGAUCCCUACAGCUAUGAAAGAGUCGCAUUGUUUUGGUUACCAUACUUUCGUUCCCUCGGAGUCAAUCUCCCAGUCAUACUAUGCGCAAACAAGUCGGACCUGGUCUCAAGCAGCACAUCCGCACAGAUAAUGGAGGAGGAGAUGUUGCCCGUCAUGUCCGAGUUCAAGGAGAUCGACUCUUGCAUUCGAACGAGCGCCCGAGAACACCACAACGUCAACGAGGCGUUCUUCCUGUGCCAAAAGGCCGUCACACAUCCCAUCGCACCCCUGUUCGAUGCUAAGGAGUCGACCCUUAAGCCAGCCGCCGUAGCAGCUCUGCUCCGGAUAUUCUACCUCAGCGAUAAAGACAAGGAUGGUCUCCUCAACGACAAAGAAAUGCAAGACUUCCAACUCAAAUGUUUCGACAAGAACCUAAGCCCCGAAGAUCUGCAACACAUCAAACACACGAUCGAGCACCACCUCCACGGAGCAGCCUCAGAUCGAGGCAUCACAUCUCAAGGCUUCCUACUACUGAACAAGCUCUACGCCGAGAAAGGACGCCACGAGACGAUCUGGGUCAUGCUCCGAACAUUCCAAUACACAGACAGUCUCUCCCUGCAAGAAUCGUUCCUCCACCCCAAAUUCGACGUUCCCGAAUUCGCAUCCGCCGAGCUCAGCCCAGCCGGCUACCGCUUCCUGGUCGACCUCUUCCUGACCUCUGACCGCGACAACGACGGCGGUCUCCGUGACGAAGAACUCGCCUCUCUCUUCGCUCCGACCCCAGGUAUCCCCCAAUUAUGGGUCGACAACAACUUCCCCAGUUGCACCGUCCGCAACGACGCCGGCCACGUCACAUUGCAGGGCUGGCUAGCCCAAUGGUCCAUGACAACCUUCACAUCCCCCAAAACGACCCUCGAAUACCUAGCGUACCUAGGCUUCGAGUCGCCCGACCGCAGUACCACCGCCGCCCUCAAGCUCACAAAACCGCGCAAACGUCGCCGGACCCGACCUGCCCGCGUAUCGCGCAACGUCCUGCUAGCCCACGUCCUGGGUGCCCCUCAAUCCGGCAAAUCCGCGCUUUUAGACGCGUUCCUCGCCCGCCCCUUUUCUAAUCUCUACUUGCCCACGAUUCAGCCUCGCGUCGCCGUCAACACGGUUGAACUGCCAGGCGGACGUCAAUGCUACCUGAUCCUCAAAGAGCAAGGCGAAUCCGAGGCCGCGGUCCUCGACAACAAGUCCAAACUGCUGGACCAAUGCGACGUGAUUGUCUACGCAUACGACUCUUCCGACCCAGACUCGUUCGCUUAUAUCCCCAAUAUACGCAAGAUGUACCCUUACCUCGAAGAUAUACCUGCAGUAUACGUCGCGCUCAAGGCCGACUUGGAUCGAACGACACAGCGAGCAGAGUUCCAGCCUGAUGAGUAUACUGCCAGUAUACAGCGCAUGCCUCAGGGCCCGCCGAUAUCCACGAGCGUCACAUGGCCUUCGAUCCAGGAUUUGUUUGCGGUCAUUUCGGAGGCUGGUCUAGAUCCUGCGACUGCUUAUCCGCGGCCGCUCGACGAUGAUGACGGUGGCGAGCUGAUGCGCUAUGGCUUGGUUUUGGCGGCCGUUGUGUGCGCAGGAGCCGCUGCAGUGGUCAUAUGGCGAAGGUCGACAUUGUCUACCGGUUGAGGUCGGCGUGCUGAGAUGUGAAGACAAUAUCAACACCGGAACGUCAACUUGGCGGAUGACAGCCUGCAGCGCCCGAGAUUCCGAGGAAAAGAUUCUACACAUACCGUCCUAUUUUAUAGGUGGUUGGGUGGAACGCCAGAAGCCGCUGAACGGCAUUGUGAGCUAAGGAGGUGCCUUGGGCCCUACGAGGCUCAAGCUCAAAU